GUUAUGAUUAUUCACAUAAUGAAUUCAAGGGUAAAUCCUAGAGGAGUGUGGCCAAAUGAGACUUUACAUCAUGUAUUACCUAGUAUUAGAAUUACGAGUGCUAAAAGAAGAAGAAUAAACUACGAUGAUGAAGAUGCUUAUGAUGAGCCUCAUAAUAAUCAUAAUAGUACUAACAAUAGGAAUUGUAAUAAUGCUGAAAAUAUAUUGAAUAGUAUAGAUUUAAUAUUUAAUAGGAUUAUGCAAAACAUAAAAGAUCGCUCGUAUAAUGAAUAUCCUUCAUUGCAGAAUGUUGUUGAUUAUAAUGACCUUUCAAGAAAUUUAAGUAGAGAUGAAUUAAAUGCUGUUCUUAGAAGUUUAAACGACGAUACCCCACGAAAUGACCUUAUCAGUAUAUGGAAUCAUGUUGUUAGAAUCAAUAGGGAUGGGAUGGUUGAUAUUAUAAAUUCCAUAUUAUUAUAUGUAAAUAAUUUUAUAAGGAAUUAUAAAAAUGGUAAAUUGGAUGUUAAGGAAGUUUUAGAGGAGUUAAAAAUCAAUGAAAAAUCAUUGAGGCUUUUUAAAACUUGUAGCCUAAAAGAAAUAUCAUCUUCCGACUUUAAAUAUAAUAAUGAUUUUUAUACUCUUCUUAAUAAUGAAAAAAAAAUAGAGGAUUUAAAAAGCUUAAUUAAUUCCUAUAUGAAAUUUGCUGAUGAUACGAAGAAGAAAAUAUAUCAUAAUUAUAUAAAACAAUUUAAGGAAUCGUUCGAAAAAUAUAUUGAAAAAAAAAAUAAUUCACCAAAUAAAAGUACAGGAUAA